AUGAAGUACAGAAGCUCUAGGUCGAGUUUGAGUUGUUCCUCCUACUCUGGGAAUUCAUAUCGGGACACGAUGAAUUAUUCAAGGAUCAGAAACGGUCUACGCCGGUACGUACCAGCGGCGAUAGUACUCUGGGCCUUCCACUGUCUGCCCACGAAGGACGGCCUCACGUCGAGGAGAGUUAUCAACUUUAUAAAAAAACACUACAAAGAUGCCCAUGACCCCAGCAAAACGGGAAAAUCUAUUAGCACUAUUUUAAGGUGCGCCGUAGAAUUCGGCCUCCUUAAGAGAAGAGGGCAUAAAUAUUAUUUACCCUGA